AUGGCUGCUGCACAGUUGACUUCGGUUGCUUCCUCGAUUUCCGCGAAAGGGUUUUGUUCGUUCGAUGGUCUGAAGGCUUCGAGGGCUGGGAAUGUGUCGUUGUUAUCGCCCUUGAAGCAGAAUGGGCUUUCGCUCAGGUCUUUUCGUGGGCUUGUCGUGAAGGCUGCCACGACAAUUGCUCCUAAGUACACGUCUCUCAAGCCAUUGGGUGACCGUGUUCUGGUGAAAAUCAAGACGGCUGAGGAGAAGACCUCGGGUGGUAUCUUACUACCUUCAACUGCCCAAUCGAAACCUCAAAGCGGCGAGAUUGUUGCUGUUGGUGAAGGUCGGACAAUUGGUAAUAGUACAGUGGACAUUAGCGUUGAGACGGGUACCCAAGUGGUGUACUCGAAGUAUGCUGGGACUGAAGUCGAAUUCAAUGGAGCCAACCAUCUCAUAUUGAAGGAGGAUGAUAUUAUCGGCAUUCUUGAUACGGAUGAUGUUAAAGAUAUGAAGCCUUUGAAUGAUAGGGUUCUCAUCAAGGUGGCUGAGGCUGAAGAGAAAACUGCUGGUGGUUUAUUCCUUACAGAUGCAAGCAAGGAGAAGCCUUCAAUUGGCACGGUGGUUGCUGUUGGACCUGGUCCACUUGAUAAGUCGGGCGAGAGGAAGCCAUUGUCGAUUUCUCCAGGAAACACGGUUUUGUACUCGAAAUAUGCAGGCAACGAUUUCAAGGGCAAUGAUGGGUCCAACUACAUUACCCUAAGGGCAUCGGAUGUCAUAGCUAUUCUCCCUUGA